AUCAAUCAGGAAAGUUUUCGUCGAAAAAUGAAUAGUAUUUGGUAAAAAGUGACGUUUUGAAAACAAGAGAAUUCGGAUUAUUGUUAGUGUUAUAUUCAUAUAUUUAAAUAAAUAAUGUCGACGAAGUCCUCCGUCGAUUUGAGAGCGGAACUCGCUGAAUUAGUGAAACGAAAAGCAGAAAUAGCUGACACUCUUGCUAAUUUAGAACGUCAGAUCUAUGCAUUUGAAGGUAGUUACUUGGAGGAUACGCAAUUGUAUGGCAACAUAAUACGUGGAUGGGACAGGUAUUUAGCCAGCAACAAAAAUACAAAUAGUAAAGCAGACAAACGAAAUAGAAAGUUUAAAGAAGCUGAAAGGCUUUUUUCAAAAUCUUCCAUUACCUCCAUGGCAGCCGUAAGCGGACUCGUCGAAAAUACCCAGGAAAAAAUUGACCGGUACAGCGAAUCGGAGUCACAGAUUGGGAACAGCGGUAGCGAGGACAACUGCAGCCUCGUGAAUUCGCACGGGACGAGCGGCAAUAGUACUACUAGCAACGGUAAUAAGGAAUCAUCUGGGAAAAACCACUCUGUUACUGGCCAGUAUAAUCAAAACGGAUCCCUGUCCUCCUCCGUUGAGAUAUCCGGACAGUUUGCGAACGGGCACGCGAGCAAUGGAAGUCUCGAACACGUGUCGUUGAAAGAAAACACCGGGAAAGAACCUUCGAAAAAUAAAUCCGGAAACAGUGCGAAAAAGAAUAGUAACAAAAGGUCUAGGAACAGGUAGAACACUUUUAAACUGUUAUCCAUUUAUAAAUUGUUCACGUUUCGAGGACGAGCGAACGAACAUCUAUUUCUCCGUAUCACUACUUCGUCCUGCUCAUUCGAUUUUAUCGAUGUACGAAAUCUCAUUCUAUUUUAUAACAGAUGCGUCACGAGCAUUACAUUUUUUAUAGAAGAACGAACGUUGAGAGCAUUUUUAAUAGUCGUACGAGUUUUUUUAGGAUUAGUUGGAAGGUAAAAGCUGGAUUAAUCGAAACGUUGGUCUCGAAGAACGGAUCGUUUAGCGUUGAAAUAGAAUCUUUCGAUGAUUUGUUUAGUACCAUGUAACAAAAUCUUUGUCUUUAAAGAAAGAAAUACAUUAUGCGGCAAUGUAUGACAUUUAAUUUGAACCGAAAAUCGAAUCAAGUGUUAAAAUAUUAAUAAUAUUUUGCGUUGUUCAGUCAAUCGAGCAGUAUUUCGUUAGGUUUAAAACUAGGAAUUAUAGUAUUAGGAACGUCGUUUCUCUCGGUUUAUAUGCAUUGUACUUUUCAUGUUUUUGUAAUAAAUAUAAAAUCUGUUUUUAAGGAGUAGAAUUAGUCACAUUUUGUGAUCAUUCUCUGUGAGUUUAAUAUAAGAGACACUAAUCGUAACAUUCUCAGUUUCUAUUUUUAUUAUCUUUAGCCACUUUUUUUUAUUUUUCAAUAUUUGUGUAAUAUACAUAUAAAUAUAACAUUAAUAUUCUAGUUGCAGUCAAAAUGGGACUAAUGUUUUAUUAAAGAAGGAAGUAAAGCUAGAUGGAAUCUCAGCUUUCCUUUAGAUUGAUGGUAUAUUAAUUUAAAAGGUUUGACUAAUUAAUUAUAUUAAUUUUAGAGCAUAGAUUUGAAUGUAUCUAUUUUUUAUUUUUUACGUAAGUUAUCGAGCUAAGAACAAUACUCAUAAUCAUUUUCUAUUUUAUUAUAACAUGAACUUUUAUCUUAUCAU